AAAUGGUAAUAGAGAGGUGUUCCAUUUAUAGUUAUACAAUGAAGGGUAUAUUAAGGACAAUACAAAAUAUUUUUAGAUCCCUGACUCAAAUAAAAUCCCAUAGAAUAUUUCCCUUGUGUACCAUGUUCAUAUUUGUUUUCUUAAAAAGUGUGUGACUGCAUGGAAAGGUAUACCGUGUAAGCUUUUUUCCAAUAUUUUAUUCUGCAUGAUACAUAUAUACACCAUGUUUCUAUAUCCUACCCAUCUCAAUAUCCUAUAACCAAUAUACUUUUUCUGAUUGCUUUAGAUAUGAACAUCUAUCUUGUGGAUGGCGCUGCAGGGUGUACCAAAACCUGGACAAGGUUGAGGCAUUGAGAGUGGCAUCACUGCAUAGGUGUGGGCAACCUGCUGUAGACAAGCCGUGCUUGCAGGAGGAGGUUGCUGUCUGCAGGUCAAUUCUAUACGAUGACAACAACCUUGAUGUGGAGGAUGAGCCCUGCACUAUGACUGCCUCGACAAGACGCAAGUGUUCCCUAGCCCUUGGGAAAAAUGGCUCCUUCAAUGCACUGAGGGCUCUCGAGCCAACUUUCCAGUUGGCUAGUUAUUCAAACAGAUGCUACAGGAAAGCCACUCUCCUUUUCGAUGCAACUAGAGAAUCUACUGGAAAGGAUUUGAAACAAUGUUGUUUCAUGAAGCUACAAGGACUCUCAGAAGAGGAGCGAUAUUCACUUCUUCUGGAGGCGACCUUGUCUUUGAAUGUUAAAAAGAUGAAGGCGGAUGCCGAUGAACUGAAGGCAAUGAAGAGUCUGAAGAGCGUGUUUGCUAAGGGAGUUGGAUGGGGCUAAGACGUGGGAAGAGGCGAUAGAAAGAUACCCAACCUUCACUUCAGAAGCAGCCCUGGAACCCUAUGUUGGUAAAAAGUAUACAAAAGGUAACAUCCCAGAGGUCUUCCUGGAGCACAUCAGCAGGGCCAAGAGAGACAUGGACAUGAAUGCAGACGACAUCCCAGCCCUUAUGAUACAAGAACUAGAAGAGGAUAUCCAGUUAUCCUCAACACCAUCGGCUACUACCAGAAUCUUCCUGACAAAGGACAUCACAGCGAUAUCCAAAGUGGUCAGCCAACAUACCCGACACGAUGUGCAUAUAUUGCAUAUUGUCCAGUCCCCAGUAGGAGAUAUUCAAGAUGUCAACCAUAAUGUCUGUAUGCAGUAUGGUAUUGUCGAGUCUAGGAGGAGGGGUGCUGGCACUAGCCAACUCUACAUGCCAUCAAGAUCAGACUUCUACAAAUAUGCAGUGGAGCAUUUCACUUCUAUUGAUGAAGUGGUUCUUGACGUUGGAGACGGACUGCUGGCAAGGGUUGCAGCAGAAUGUGGACGAAAUGGGAGGAUGGUAGAGGAGACAACACUGUCCAGCACAGAAAUAGAGGCCAUGAUGGGUGCUGCAGACUCGGAGGAGAUUCUAGAUGCAGAUCUAGUAUUAAGCAUGGACCAGACGUGUUCUAUACCUUAGUGCAUUUUGUUUCUCUCAUUUCCUCACCUCGAUCACUACCUCAUUUAGUUCUGAAAAAUCUUGUUAAGAUAUGUGACAAACUAACGUUUUUAUGUAAAUAU